AUCCCGGGUGGAAGGACGGGAGGGAGUCCCAGCCGCUCCUACCUCCCAGCGAUGGCGCCGCGGUGCCGCGCCCAGUCCCCCGCCUGCCGGCCGGUUCUCACCGCUAUCCGGUCGCUCAGACGGUGAGAAUUGGGGCGGGUCUGAGGAGCGGCGGGACGCUACCUGUGUCGGGGACCAUGAGGUGCGUCCAGACCCGUGGGGCGGUUAGCAGAAGCAGCCGCAGCACCUGCUGAGAGGAAAGAGGGAGCGGCCCGGCGCGGCGGCGCGGCUGGGGCACGGCAGAGGCUCGCCCGCGCCUCGGCCAUGUCACUGCUCUGCGUGCGCGUUAAAAGAGCCAAAUUCCAGGGUUCACCAGAUAAAUUUAACACAUAUGUGACCCUGAAAGUACAGAAUGUGAAGAGCACGACCGUAGCAGUUCGCGGUGAUCAACCUUCCUGGGAACAAGAUUUCAUGUUUGAGAUUAGUCGCCUGGACCUCGGUCUGAGUGUGGAGGUAUGGAACAAAGGAUUGAUCUGGGACACCAUGGUGGGGACCGUGUGGAUUGCACUGAAGACUAUUCGUCAGUCAGAUGAGGAAGGGCCUGGGGAGUGGUCCACAUUGGAGGCAGAGACAUUAAUGAAAGAUGAUGAGAUCUGUGGAACUAAAAACCCAACUCCUCAUAAAAUUUUGCUUGAUACAAGAUUCGAGCUGCCUUUUGAUAUCCCAGAGGAGGAAGCCAGAUAUUGGACCUACAAAUUAGAGCAAAUCAAUGCCUUGGGUUCUGACAAUGAGUAUUCUAUUCAAGAAGAAAGCCAGAGGAAGCCAUUGCCCACUGCUGCCGCCCAGUGUUGUCACUGGACCUAUUUGGGCUGGGGAGAACAGCAGACUUUUGAAGACCCUGAUAGUGCCAUGGAUGACCGAGAUAGUGACUAUCGCAGUGAGACCAGCAGUAGCAUCCCGCCUCCUUACCAUACGACUUCCCAGCCCAAUGCUUCUGUGCACCAGUUCCCUGUGCCAGUGCGGUUGCCACAGCAGCUGCUACUUCAGGGCAGUUCCCGGGACUCUUGCAAUGAUUCUAUGCAAAGUUAUGACCUUGAUUAUCCAGAGCGGCGGGCCCUCAGCCCCACCAGCAGUAGUAGGUAUGGCUCUUCUUGCAAUGUGAGUCAAGGAAGCUCUCAGCUGAGUGAACUAGACCAGUACCAUGAACAAGAUGAUGACCGUCGGGAGAGGGACUCAAUUCAUUCCUGCCGCAGCUCUGGCAGCCUCUGCAGAGAUGGCCAAGCAGGUUUUGGAGAAGAAGAGAAAACCUGGGAAGUGACAAGUGAAGCCGAAAAGGGGAUAUCAUGUGAGAACAAGGGAAUAACAUGUGAGCCCAAGGAGAUGAAAGAAGAUGCCACAACCCAUCCUCCCCCAGAUCUGGUGCUACACAAAGACCACGUACUAGGCUCCCAGGAGAGUUUUCCUGAGGAGAAUGCCUCUUCGCCAUUUACCCAAGCCAGAGCGCACUGGAUCCGAGCAGUUACCAAGGUUCGACUCCAGUUGCAGGAGAUUGCACAUGAUGGUGACCCCUCUCUGCCUCAGUGGCUCCCAGAAGGGCCAGCUGGAGGGCUCUAUGGCAUUGACAGCAUGCCAGAUCUACGCAGAAAGAAGCCGCUGCCACUUGUCAGUGAUCUGUCACUGGUCCAGUCCCGGAAGGCAGGGAUUACUUCUGCAAUGGCUACACGCACCUCUCUCAAGGAUGAAGAGCUGAAAUCCCAUGUGUAUAAGAAAACCCUGCAGGCCUUAAUCUACCCCAUCUCGUGUACCACACCCCACAACUUUGAGGUCUGGACAGCCACUACCCCAACUUACUGCUAUGAGUGUGAAGGCCUGCUCUGGGGCAUUGCCCGGCAGGGCAUGCGCUGCAGUGAGUGUGGAGUCAAGUGCCACGAGAAGUGCCAGGACCUGCUCAAUGCUGACUGCCUACAGCGGGCUGCAGAAAAGAGCUCUAAACAUGGAGCUGAGGACCGGACCCAGAACAUUAUCAUGGCCAUGAAGGACCGCAUGAAGAUCCGAGAGCGAAAUAAGCCAGAGAUCUUUGAAGUUAUCCGGGAUGUCUUCACAGUGAGCAAAGUUGCCCAUGUGCAGCAGAUGAAAACAGUGAAGCAGAGUGUCCUGGAUGGCACCUCCAAAUGGUCGGCCAAGAUUACCAUCACUGUCGUGUGUGCGCAGGGCCUACAAGCCAAGGACAAAACAGGAUCCAGUGACCCUUAUGUUACUGUGCAAGUCGGCAAAACCAAGAAGCGCACCAAGACCAUUUUUGGAAACUUGAAUCCUGUUUGGGAGGAGAAGUUCCAUUUCGAGUGCCACAACUCUUCUGACCGCAUUAAGGUACGUGUGUGGGAUGAGGAUGAUGACAUCAAGUCGAGAGUAAAGCAGCGGCUAAAGCGAGAGUCCGAUGAUUUCCUUGGCCAAACCAUCAUUGAAGUUCGGACACUAAGUGGUGAAAUGGACGUCUGGUACAACCUGGAGAAGAGGACAGACAAGUCAGCCGUCUCGGGGGCUAUCCGACUGCAAAUCAGUGUGGAGAUCAAGGGGGAGGAGAAGGUAGCCCCAUAUCACGUGCAGUAUACGUGUCUCCAUGAGAACCUUUUCCAUUACCUCACAGACAUUCAGGACAGUGGAGGGGUCCGGAUCCCUGAGGCUCGAGGAGACGAUGCAUGGAAGGUGUACUUUGAUGAGACAGCCCAAGAAAUUGUGGAUGAAUUUGCCAUGCGCUAUGGCAUCGAGUCCAUAUAUCAAGCCAUGACGCACUUUGCGUGUUUGUCAUCCAAGUACAUGUGUCCUGGUGUGCCAGCAGUGAUGAGCACCUUACUGGCCAACAUCAAUGCCUACUAUGCCCACACAACUGCUUCUACCAAUGUCUCUGCAUCUGAUCGCUUUGCAGCCUCCAACUUUGGGAAAGAGAGAUUUGUAAAACUGCUGGACCAGCUACACAACUCACUGAGGAUCGACCUGUCUAUGUACAGGAAUAAUUUCCCUGCUGGGAGUCCUGAGCGGCUUCAGGACUUAAAAUCCACAGUAGAUUUGCUGACCAGCAUUACUUUCUUCAGGAUGAAGGUACAAGAACUGCAAAGCCCUCCAAGAGCCAGCCAGGUGGUAAAGGAUUGUGUGAAGGCCUGUUUGAACUCUACAUAUGAGUAUAUCUUCAACAACUGCCAUGACUUAUACAGCCGCCAGUACCAACUGAAGCAGGAGCUACCUCCAGAGGAACAAGGGCCCAGCAUUCGGAACCUGGACUUCUGGCCCAAACUCAUCACACUCAUUGUGUCAAUCAUAGAGGAAGAUAAGAAUUCCUACACACCUGUUCUGAACCAGUUUCCUCAGGAGUUGAAUGUGGGAAAAGUCAGCGCAGAAGUGAUGUGGCAUCUGUUUGCCCAAGACAUGAAAUAUGCAUUGGAGGAGCAUGAGAAAGACCGGCUGUGUAAGAGUGCCGACUACAUGAACCUGCACUUCAAGGUGAAGUGGCUCCACAAUGAAUACGUGCGGGAUCUGCCUGCCCUCCAGGGGCAGGUGCCUGAGUACCCAGCGUGGUUUGAGCAGUUUGUGCUUCAAUGGCUAGAUGAGAAUGAGGAUGUGUCCCUGGAAUUCCUGCGUGGGGCCCUGGAACGAGAUAAGAAGGAUGGGUUCCAGCAGACAUCAGAGCACGCACUCUUUUCCUGCUCUGUGGUGGACGUCUUUACACAACUCAACCAGAGCUUUGAGAUCAUCCGGAAGCUGGAAUGCCCAGACCCCAACAUCCUUGCCCACUACAUGAGGAGAUUUACUAAGACCAUCGGAAAGGUACUGAUGGAGUAUGCAGACAUCUUAUCAAAGAACUUCCCAGCUUAUUGCACAAAGGAGAAACUGCCCUGCAUCCUGAUGAACAACAUGCAGCAACUGAGGGUCCAGCUGGAGAAAAUGUUUGAGGCCAUGGGAGGCAAGGAGCUGGACCCUGAAGCUGCAGACAGUCUGAAGGAGCUGCAGGUGAAUCUGAAUACAGUUCUGGACGAGCUCAGCGUGGUGUUUGGAAACAGUUUCCAGGUGCGGAUUGACGAGUGUGUUCGACAGAUGGCUGACAUCCUGGGCCAGGUCCGAGGCACGGGGAAUGCGUCCCCCAACGCCCGGGCCUCAGUGGCUCAGGAUGCAGAUAGUGUGCUGCGGCCCCUCAUGGACUUCCUGGAUGGCAACCUCACAAUCUUUGCCACUGUAUGUGAGAAGACAGUUCUAAAGCGUGUACUGAAGGAGCUCUGGCGGGUGGUAAUGAACACAAUGGAAAGGAUGAUUGUUCUGCCCCCUCUCACUGACCACACGGGCACCCAGCUGAUAUUCACUGCUGCCAAGGAGCUGAGCCAUCUUUCCAAACUCAAGGACCACAUGGUGCGAGAGGAAACACGGAAUCUCACUCCAAAGCAGUGUGCUGUUCUUGACCUCGCCCUGGACACCAUCAAGCAAUACUUCCAUGCAGGAGGCAAUGGGCUGAAGAAAACCUUCCUGGAGAAGAGCCCAGAUCUGCAGUCCCUACGCUAUGCCCUGUCUCUGUAUACACAGACCACAGACACUCUUAUCAAGACCUUUGUGCGCUCACAGACUGCCCAGGGGUCUGGUGUGGAUGAUCCCGUGGGAGAAGUAUCUAUUCAGGUGGACUUGUUUACACACCCUGGUACUGGGGAGCACAAGGUCACAGUGAAAGUGGUUGCUGCCAAUGACCUCAAGUGGCAGACAGCAGGUAUGUUCCGGCCUUUUGUGGAAGUGACCAUGGUUGGCCCACACCAAAGUGAUAAGAAGAGAAAGUUCACAACCAAGUCCAAAAGCAACAACUGGGCCCCCAAGUACAAUGAGACAUUCCACUUCCUCCUGGGAAAUGAAGAGGGCCCAGAGGCCUAUGAGUUGCAGAUAUGCGUGAAGGAUUACUGCUUUGCCCGGGAGGAUCGCGUGCUCGGGCUGGCUGUGAUGCCUCUGAGGGAUGUGGCAGCUAAGGGUAGCUGUGCCUGCUGGUGCCCCUUGGGCCAGAAGAUCCACAUGGAUGAGACAGGCAUGACCAUUCUCCGGAUUCUGUCUCAGAGGAGCAAUGACGAGGUGGCCCGAGAAUUUGUGAAACUCAAAUCAGAGUCUCGUUCCACAGAGGAGGGGAGCUGAACACCUUUGGCUCCUGUGCCAACCAGGCAGCACCACUUCCACAAAUCAGGACCAGUGGGAGUUAGCUAUGUAGCCAGCUUAGGGUCCUUAUAGUCAAAAAGGUGACCCUUCAGUUAAAGAUAUUUAGGGACAAAUUUGGGAUGGUGAGAAUAUGGCUUUUAUAGAAAGGGUCAUGAAUCUCUGACCAGCAGGUCUGUAGUGCCAGGGGCUAGGCUGUGGGGGUUACCACAUGGAGAGAUUUUCCAUAAAGAGAGAAGGACAGACAUUUCUGAGAAUGUCAGCCAUUCUUGGUAGACACCCCUCCACUCCACAUCUCAUCUCUACACCACGCUUUAUGCAGUUAAACACAUACACACCAUCAUUAGAAGAACAGGUAGAGGUCCUGGAGCUUGUUCCUGGCUGGCUAGGUAGUCAGUUGAGCCUAUAGGUAUUGCUGAGCCCUGUGGUCUGGACUGGAGUAUGGGUCAGGGCAGGAGCACACAGAAUAGAAUUCAGACUGUCCCAUGAGCGGAAUCCACUGGUUUUAUGUGGCUCCAAUGAGAAUAAGGCUUUGAAACUGAACAAGAUACCUUCUAGAAAUGAGCUGUGCUAAUCCCUUUCCCCAGAUUAUAUCAUGAGUAGAAGCAGGUUUAUGUGGUGCUUGAGAGCCCUGAGCAGAAUAUUUCUUUGGAACCCAGGCACCAGGGACCACCUACCCAGGAGUCCCCCUACCUCACUCCUGUAGGCAGGGGAGUGAUGAUUUCAGGACAUGAGAGGCUGUACUUACGUGUAUCUACCUGAGGGCUCAUUGAAGGAUCCAGGAGUAUUUUCUUCUUGGGUAGGCCCUGAACAAAGCCAAAAAUUGUAGAAACCAGUCUAGAAUCCUCACCUAUGGCCACGGCCUUCUGGCUGUUCUCCACCUUGCAGAAAGAAUUUAGCUUUUGGCCUUUCUCCCUUUCAUCUGGGUCAGCUGCUGUACCCCUCAUAGAUAUUCAACCCUACAGAAGGAACUUGGACUCUGAUACCUCUGUACAGGCUGGAGGGAGGAGGGGGCCUCAAUACUCCCUGGGAGGUCAGAGACAGACUUUCAGGGGGGUCGGGUGGACUUACCUAGACCUUGCUCAGAGGUGUGAAAUGGUCCUUGAAUUUCCUCGGUAGCAGCCUCCUGGACAUCCUGAGGAUUUGGCAUUGUCCACAGCUGUACUGACCAUUAUGUGAAACAAGAAACCAAGCAUCUUUUCUGUUGUUAAUUAUUGUAUGUGCCAUUGUUAAAGGAAAUUACAUGCUAGUCUACAAUAAAUUAUCUUAUAGCAGCC